AGUGACCUUCAGCUUGGAUUCAAAAGUGUGGACUACACUCAUAAUUUCACUCUUAUUCUGCAUUUAGAAUCCUAGAGAACUUUUCUUACAAUAAAGACCUGUUUGCAUAAAUGCCAUCAACAGAUUGUUUAGUAUUAACUUAGCUGUGUCUAAUAUAUGUUACAUUCGUUAUUUGACCCCUGAAAAACAUGGAACCAAACAAAUUCCUGAUUAUUUCACCAUGCCGUUCAUAAAAGAUUUCACGGUACUUUAGUCUAUGAACUUGAUUUUAUUUUAAACUCAGUGGAAACUUUUCGUUACUCAAAUACUACAGCCUUUCAUUCUUUAAUAUGAGGAACCAAUCAACCCUUGCUGAGAAUGUGGUCAUCAUUGAGCCUGGUUCUUUCCAUUUACGAAUCGGCCGUGCUGUAGAAAUAUUGCCGAAACGGUUUCCACAUUGCAUUGCCCGUAAACCUAAACCUAACGUUCCAUCUUGUGUUGAGCCUAUUAUCAAUCGACAGAAAGCUGAUUUUGGUUUAUCCUCUCUCCAAGAAUCAGUAAACACUAUCAGAUCAUUUGUAAAUACAUUGUUUAAUUUGAGUUACACAGCCGAAUCAAGUGGGUUACCUGCUGUCACCCCAUCUAGAUUGGAGCACACUGAAAUUGAAGAUAUUAAACUUUUUGAAUGGGAGUCCAAUACACCUUUAGAUCAGGAAUUUUAUGCAUUGAAUGAUGCUUUUAAUCGUGGUCUCAAAGACGGUUAUCAUAUUAAUUGGCCUAUGCGUUUUGGAUUUUUAUCGACAUCUGCAAACUACACCUCCAUACUGCAAGAUCUGGAAGAUAUUUGGUCUACAGCUUUGGAAAAACAUGUUGGUAUUCCGCGAUCAAAUCUUAGUAAUUAUAGAGCAAUUCUAGUGAUCAGUGAUGUAUAUAAAAGAAAUGAGAUACGUUAUCUAGUUCAUUUACUACUCAAUCGACUAAAAUUUGGACGUGUUUUUGUACAUCAAGCUAGUGUCUGCGCUACCUAUGGCAUUGGCUUACCCACUGCUUGUGUUAUCAAUAUAGGUGAACAGAAAACCAGUGUAUCCUGUGUAGAAGAUGGAGUGGCCCAUACAGAAACUCGCAUCAUCUUACCGGUUGGACGAAGUGAUGUCCUACGAGUAUUCCAUUCUCUUGUACUACCUAAUGGAUUUUGUAACAAGGAUGGUUGCAUCGUGGAUUUAAAAUAUGAACAUCUUUCUGACGUGGAAGAUUUACGCACACUUAUGGAGAAUUCAGUUCAAUGUACAAUAAGUUUACUAUGUCAGCAAAACGAGAAAAAUAAGCUCGAUGAAGAAAUCCAAUCGAAAACUAACGAAUCGUUAUUAAAUAAUGAUUAUUAUAAUAUAACACUUCAAUGGACACAUAAACAAAAUCAAUAUGAUGUUUCAUCUCUUCAUCCAUCUACAGUUCUAUUAUCACAUAUACUUCCAUUUGCUUGUAUUUCUUCAUGUGUUCCAUCAAAAGAAAUCUAUUGUACAUAUCAAGUACCUUCACUACAAUCAUCAGAACCGGAUGAUCCUUUUGAUGAUAUGUAUAUAUCUUUGACAGCACGUGAACGUCGUAAACGUGGUUUACCGAAUGAACAUCAAUCAACUAUUCUACUUAAUAAUGAACAACUGGAAACAGAAAUAGAUGUUACGGAACAGGUGGCUCCAGUAAGCAACCCCCUUCCACAAAAACCUAACUCCUUUGAAUCCCUUCCAGAGGCAGUUUGGUGGAGUAUCAGUCAGUGUGCAAACUUAAUUGGUUCUCAAUUAGGGUCAGAAGUUAUUGUUCAAACCUCUGGUCUUGCACCCGGAAAACUCUCAAAGUUCAAGCUCUGUAAGUGACGAACUACGCCGACGUUUGUUGGGAUGUAUUAUUCUUACUGGUGGAGGGGUGGCUGGUGUUAAUAAUCAAAUAAUGGAAAGAUGGUUGACUGAGCAGCUAAUCACAAUAGCACGGGAAAAGCAAGCAACAACAACCGUAUCAAGCCACAUACCAACAGUUGAAAUCAUUCAUCACUCUGAACCUGGAGACCUCUCUUGGUCUGGUGCUAGGUUGCUUCUGACUUCUGACUUGAUAAAUGACUUGUGGAUCACACCAGUCGAAUGGAACAAAUUUGGUUCGAGAGCUCUUCGUGAAAAAGCACCCUUCCCUUGGUGACAAACUAUAAAUUGUAGAUUUAUGAACGCAUCUGUGGAAUUUCUCAUUCAUGUUACCAAAUGCAUUUAUUCCAGUUAUUUCUAGUUUUUUCUUUGCGUACCUGUCGAAAAGAAAUUAAAACUUGUCCAAGGAAAUUACGAGUAAUAACGUUCAUCUCCAUUUAUAUAAAAAGCCAAUCCUCAUUCUUAUGAUAUCAAGCCGUAUACUGACUAAUAUCCAUAUAGCCUAAGGAAAUACAAAUCAUUCCAAUAAGCUAUUAAGAAUAAUAGCAAUAGCAUCAGUAGUCUACGAGAACACAGAGGUGCUGCGUUCAGGAAGGAAUCUAUUAGUUGUGAAGUCAUUAUUUCAGGGGUUAGUUGGAUCUGCAAAAGAAAAUUGUCUCUGGGGAUUUCGUAGUCGUCUGUCAUCGAAGUAAAUCCUGUAACGUAUAACCCUCCCAUCUGAUAAAUUUCUAACAAACUCAUUCGUUUAAUUAUUGCUUAAUGCGAAUGAAGUAUUGCAGCCCAACGAACACCCGGAUAAUACGAGUUACCGUUCUGUCUGCACUUAUUGCAAAUGUUGGGAGUGGAUAACUCGACUUCUCCCCUUGUAUGGUUCUUAAUAAGUUUGUAACUAGCAACUCUAAAACACCAAUAAGUAGUGUUCAUCAAAGACUGUCUAUUACAAUGAUGCAUUUUAGAGUAGAUAACUGGCUUAUGAGGCGUCCGAUCAUCAUUCAAGUGAUGAAGUCACUGAAUAAACAUUGGUAGGGCUUUAACUAAAGAACCUAUCAGAAAAGUCAAUGAACCCCAGGAGACUGAUUCUCAUACGCUAUAACUCAGUUAUUCUCUAAUAUUGCACUCGCCUUGGGUAUUGAAUACGCGCUUCAGAAAUAAGGCAACUAUUUUCAAAAUACCAAAGCGUUCAGUCGCACAGACACGGCAAACUGACAUGAAUCAACAAGCUCGUUCGCAGACAACACGUUUGUGAUUAAAUCAAUGUGAAGAAAAGCAGUUCAGUCGACGCAGGUUGUGGUUGGAAGCACAUGCGAGGAUAUAUCUGAUGACCACUACACCGAAGACUUGCAAUACGACUGAUUAACAUUUAGAACAAAAACGACUAUUGACAGGAUUGCAACUCACCUAAAUUACGCAAAUUAAGACGGAUUUACAGAACCAUGUGGUUUCAUUUAUGGCUUUCUUAGAUGCAAAUGAUGUAGUAACAAUUUACAAGUUAAAACGAAUACAGACAUUGAUCAAAUUCAUGGAAAUUGAGACCAAACUAAUAUAGAGUAAAUACAAAUAACAGAAAAUCACGAAGCCCCAGGCAACAAGAAAGACAAACUGAAGUGUUAUAAAGUAUACGGGUGUGAGGAAUCAA